ACGGCGUGACGAGGUUGUUUACGGUGUUCUCUUCAAGGCAACGACCUUCUCUUCCGUUACACAACGUGUUAGCGUGUCCCAGUCCUUGCAUACUCUUUUACUACACACUCAAAUGUAUGUACUUUUCUUCACAUAAAGAGUACAUACUUUUAGUUCAUGGUAUAAGUAUGCCACCCGGGACUCCGGCUGGUCUCUGUAUGUGUUACUGUCAAGCUUUUGUCGUUGUCUUGUGUACAGUAGGUCUAUGUGUCUAAUAAAACUAUAGUUUUAUCCAAAUUGCUCUUUUUGAAGCUCAGAACAUUAGUAAAGCUUUGUUAACUCUUUAUACCAGAGGCCAAAAGUGGAAUCUGGUGGAAUCCCUUUUUUCUUUUUCUUUCAUUUUUCUCCUCCUUUAAGCCUGUUCUUUAUUUAGCUUUUGCAUAUAUUGAAAACAAGUCGAGUGUGACGAUCUGAAUCAGGCAGCAGAGACGUUGUGUUUGAGGAGACGUAGCGAGAUCAGACGCUUCAGAGCCGAGAUGAAAUCGCUCGUUGUUAUUUUCCUGCUGGCGGUGGGUUGUGGUGUGGCUGAGGAUCUCAUAAGAAAAUAUAUUUUCAUUAACUCUCAUUUAAAGUGGUCUGAUGCUCAGUUAUAUUGUAGAAAACACUACAAAGACCUGGCCACCAUCACCACUGUGGAGGAAAACGCACGCCUUUAUCAAGCUGGAUCUGUCCCUUCUGGAAGUUGGACCGGGCUUCGCAGAACAUCAGGCACCUGGAUAUGGUCUGAUGGAGAAACACUUUCUUUCCCAAACUGGUUUAGUGCCGUGAGUUUUUCUGAAAAAUCGCCGUACGACUGUGCGGUCACGAUGACUAACCAUUCAGGAUUCCUGCAGAACUACGACUGUACAAAAGCAAGAAGUUUCUACUGUUAUCAGUUCGUGUUGAAGGAGGGCAAGACCUGGGAGGAGGCUCUGGACCACUGCAGGGUUAAUUACACCGGUUUGGCCUCCGUGACCCCCGAGUCGAGUCUGCAGCAGCUGAAUCUAAAGACGGCGCAGACGCAGACAGACAGCGUGUGGAUCGGUCUGCGCUUCGUGGAUGGACUUUGGCUCUGGGUGAGCGGGGAGCAGCUGGGGAGCCUGGUCUCAAUGCCUUCAUGUCCAGCUCCAGCUUAUCGCUGUGGAGCUCUCAACACCACAACAAACACCUUAAUGAACCGAAACUGCAAUGAACGGCUCGGCUUCAUCUGUGCCUGAAUGUGAUCUUACACAAGUUCAGCUCUCCUUCAGGAAGAAUAUAUUCAUCUCACGAUAUAAUCCUUUAUCAUUUUUACUUUUCGCUUUCUUUACUGAUAUUUAAUUGGGUUUUGGGAUUCGGUUCUGAUCGAUCAUUGUGAUUGUCAGAUUGUCUUUUCAUUUAUAAAUGUUCGUGUAUCACGCAUGUUUUGAUUUGUUUAUAGCUUGUGUUUCUUAUGUCCUUGUUCUUUUUUCCUGCUAAUUAUAACUUGCUAUGUUUUUGUAAAUCGAUGUCUGUUCCAUUAUAAAGUGCUGCCCAUGUUUAGGACACAAAUAAACAGUUCAUGUAGAACGAAUUCGUCCUGAUUGGCAGAAAUCUCUGUAUAUAAACACAACCGGUGUGUCGAUAUUUUGGGGUACAAUUUGAUUCAAAAGUUGUUUGAGUCAGUGAUCUUUCUUCUGGAAAAUAUCAGUCAUUUACAUCCACUCAGAUAUGCAGUAAAUACACUGAUACAAGCGCAGAGGCCAUUUUAUUCGUACAGAAUUUUAAACACUAUUUACACAGUACUGUGAAUUUUGAGAGAAAACAACAACAAUAUUGUCGGCGCUCGGUCUUAAAUUUCUAUGAUCAUAUAUGGAAACAGCUAUAAUUUUUCAACAAAAACAAAACAGACCAAAGACAAGCCUGACACGUGAAAUAAUAGAAAGAAUAUUCUCGUGUUUUUUCCCUUAACGUGCACUGCUUAUAGAACCUUUCAGAAAAUUGGGGGGAAAAUGUGCAAAAAUGAUUUGUGUAUAUAUUUUUCUUUUUGUAUAAUAUUUACAGUUAUUUAUUCAUCACUGCAUGUUAUGGUCUUAGUGUCAGUGCUGAAUGCAGUGCCGGAUUACGUCACCCAUCAGCCCCUGCACGUCACCGGAGUCUAACGAGCACUGAUAUUUAUAUACGGUUUGUUUUUGUUGUCGUUGUUGUUGUUGUUGUUGUGUGUGUGUGUGUGUGUGUGUGUGUGUGUGUGUGUGUGUGUGUGUUUCCAUGCUUGCCUAUAGUUCUUGUUCUUAGUGUUUGAUUUUGUGUAUUGCACUUAUAAUAUAAUCAUGUAAUUUAUUAAACAAUUGAAUAAAUGAUGUACCAAACUUAAUUUA